AUGGAGCCUUCCCCACCCUUGCCCGCUGAAGCUGUACAAGAACCGAAUCCGCCCUUAGGCUCUCAACCAGAACACUAUCACCGCCCCGAGAAUUUCAUCGAUCUCACAAUCGACGAAGACCCACUGCCUGACACCAACACGGCCUCUGAGAAUCGGAGUGGCGCUAAUGGUCAAGACGGCGACGACGACGAUAUCAUCAUCAUCAGCGAGAGCCACCCACGCCGGCCUUCCAACCCUCGUCAAGCUCCUCGAAAUAGCUCAUCAUCAACCCGUCCUUCAUUCAACCAACCAUCGUCGAAUCGUCCAAGUACUACGAGUAAUCCGAUCGGAGCUUUCACCAAUCUACCAGGUCCCAUGGCUGCAUUAACCGCUAAUAUCUACGCUGGCCACUUCUCACGUCAUGCCAGGGGCGAUCCACCCCCUCAACAGGGCUCAUCCAACCUCACCGUUAGAGAAACGCGUCCACCUCAAACAAGACGACCGAACCCAACUGGACUCCAAUUCGGUGGAGGCGGACGCUUCUCGGGUGGCCAGUUCAGCGGGUUUUUAGCAGCUGGCCUCAAUGGUCUAACUAGACUGAGAGGUCUCGCAACAAGCCGUCCUUCCACCCCUUCUACCCGUCGUCAACCACCCACCGAUAGUCUACAUCAUAUGUUUUCAGGCUGGAGUUCUGAUGAGGAUUUUACCAGGACCGAUGGUGCUCGGCUGAUCAGUGCUCAGAUUCACGGAGGCAUGCUCCCUGUCGUGGGUCGUCAGAUCUUUGCCGCCAUCUACGAUAUCCCUCACGCUCAAGAACCCCCGCCUCCUCCUUACAAAGUCGAAGACUCUCAUCCACUCAAGAUCAAAUCUGGCUUUUCCAAAGAGAUCAUCCCACUUGACCGCGAAGUACUCUCGGUAGAAAGCGACAACCAUCCCAACGCCCAACCAGAGAAACAGGAACUCCGACCGAUUUGUGCUGGCUGUAACGCAGAAUUGCUGAUGGGCCAAGAUUCGUGUUCGAACAGCUCGCAAGAUGGCCGGAGACCCUGGAUCCUUGCUUGUGGACAUGUUGUGGAUUCUCGAUGCUUGGAACAGGCCAGGACUCGUGCGUUGGAACAUAAAGCCGAAAGCAACUGGUCCAAGAAAACUAGAUCCGCAGAACGACUGUUGAAUUCACAUCAUCCAACUCGACCGGGUAGACCAUCAAAACUUAGUCUAGCCGCCGACAGCUCAUCUAAACUACCCAACAGUAUCAACAAGCGUAGAAAAAUUUCCUCGACUCACUCAGCUCAAAAACUUCAGGGGCUCUGCACUUCACCUUCAUCAACUUCAAACGUCCAAGCGGUCUCUGAGUUGGCCUUGAAGAGGAAAGAGAGAGCCGACGCAAGAGAAGCAAGGAAGUCGAUCGAUUUCACCAAGCCUUCUCCGUCAAGCCACCGUUUAUUAGACUCGCUUCACCCCGCGCAUCCCAUGGAGAACAGCGCGCCGACCAGCAACCCAACGACGACUAGUAGCAAGAACUGCAAAGGUAAAGGGAAGGCCCAGGAUGAACUUGAUGCUCUUCCAAGCGCCGGUUCACUUUCAAUCAGCAUUCCCCCAACCCCCUCACUCCUCGACCAAUCAAGUACCAUUGGCAAUCCACCCACACCGACUGAAUCCAUCGCUCCGACCAAAAAAUUGGCUGGCUCCUCGGCCCCUUCUGUUUCAUGGAUCAAGUGUCCCGUCAAGGGCUGUCGGGGCGCCAAGGGUGAUUUGCUUGCUCCAGCUGGCUCUAAGAACGCUCCCUGGGAGAUGUUUGUUUGA